UAGCCAAAUUAAAAUUUUAAGCAAAAUUCACAAAAGAAAAAAUAGACUUACCAUUUUUCCUUCACCAUCGAAGCCGCAAAACCCUAAUACUACUACUGUUACUAUCUAAGCUAAGACUCAGAGCUUGACGGCGGCGUCUGAAUUUUCCCCCAUUUCUCCAUUUCUCCAAAUCCAAACCUCAGAACCACGCAGCCAUGGAAGAAGUCUGCGAAGGCAAAGACUUCGCUUUCCCAAAGCAAGAAGAAACCAUACUCGAUUUCUGGUCCCGAAUCGACGCCUUCCACACACAGCUAUCUCUCACCAAAGACAAACCCGAGUACAUCUUCUACGACGGUCCUCCUUUCGCCACCGGUCUUCCUCACUACGGCCACAUUCUUGCCGGUACAAUCAAGGACAUCGUCACGCGCUACCAAUCCAUGACCGGACACCAUGUCACGCGCCGAUUUGGAUGGGAUUGUCAUGGUUUGCCAGUCGAGAACGAGAUCGAUAAGAAGCUUGGGAUUAAGAAGCGGGAGGAUGUUCUUAAGCUUGGGAUUGGGGUUUAUAAUGAGGAGUGUAGGAGUAUUGUGACGCGGUAUGUUUCGGAAUGGGAGAAUGUUAUUACGAGAACUGGGAGGUGGAUUGAUUUUAAGAAUGAUUAUAAGACUAUGGAUCUUAAGUUUAUGGAGUCUGUUUGGUGGGUUUUUUCUCAGCUUUAUGCGAAAAACCUUGUUUAUAAAGGUUUUAAGGUCAUGCCAUAUAGUACUGGCUGCAAAACUCCACUCUCUAAUUUUGAGGCUGGUCAGAAUUAUAAGGAUGUAUCUGACCCUGAAGUGUUCAUGACGUUUCCGUUGUUGGGCGAUCCAGAUGGUGCAUCUUUCGUUGCUUGGACAACAACGCCAUGGACUCUUCCUAGCAAUCUUGCUCUGUGCAUCAAUGCUAAUUUUACCUAUUUGAAGGUACGCAAUAAGUAUACUGGUAAAGUUUAUAUAGUUGCCGAAUCUCGUCUGUCUGUACUCCAUAACCCAAAGGACAAGCCCAAAGAGGCUGUUGCUAAUAGUUCAGCUAGUGUCCCUAAAAAUGCCAAGAACAAGGGCACUUCAAGUGGCAAGGCUGAUAAUGUAUUAGAUUUUUUUGAUGUGCUGGAGAAAUUCACAGGGGCUUCAUUAGUGGGGAAGAAGUAUGAACCAUUAUUUGAUUACUUUAAUGAGCUAUCUGAAACAGCUUUUAGAGUUGUUGCCGACAAUUAUGUAACUGAUGAUAGUGGUACCGGUGUUGUCCACUGUGCCGCUGCUUUUGGUGAAGAUGAUUUCCGUGUUUGCAUUGAGAAUCAAAUUAUUAGCAAGGAUAAACUUGUUGUAGCUGUUGAUGAUGAUGGCUGCUUUACUGAAAAAAUUACUGACUUUAGUGGGUGCUAUAUCAAACAAGCCGACAAGGAUAUCAUUGAAGCAGUGAAGGCAAAGGGUAGGUUGUUUAAGUCUGGAGCUUUUACUCAUUCCUAUCCAUUCUGUUGGAGAUCUGAUACCCCACUCAUUUAUAGAGCUGUUCCAAGCUGGUUUGUUAGAGUGGAGUUGCUGAAAGAGAAAUUGUUGGAAAACAAUAAACAGACUUACUGGGUCCCUGAUUUUGUCAAGGAUAAGCGAUUUCACAAUUGGCUGGAAAAUGCAAGAGACUGGGCAAUUAGUCGAAGUAGAUUUUGGGGGACCCCUCUCCCUAUAUGGAUUAGUGAGGAUGAGAAAGAAAUAGUUGUCAUAGAUUCUGUUGCAAAACUUGAAAAGCUUUCAGGUGUAAAGGUGUCUGACCUUCAUAGGCACAACAUUGAUCAUAUUACAAUUCAAAGUGAAAGUGGCCGUGUGCUUCGACGUGUUGAUGAUGUUUUUGACUGCUGGUUUGAAAGUGGGUCCAUGCCUUAUGCAUAUAUUCAUUAUCCUUUUGAAAAUGUUGAGCUGUUUGAGAAGAAUUUUCCUGGCCAUUUUGUUGCUGAAGGGCUGGAUCAAACCCGUGGUUGGUUUUAUACCCUAAUGGUGCUAGCUACUGCAUUAUUUGGCAAGCCUGCCUUUAGGAAUCUAAUUUGCAACGGGCUUGUCCUGGCGGAAGAUGGAAAAAAGAUGAGCAAAAGUCUGAAAAACUAUCCUUCACCCAUGGAUGUUAUUAAUGAUUAUGGAGCGGAUGCCUUGCGAUUGUACCUUAUAAACUCUCCUGUUGUGCGUGCUGAGCCACUUCGUUUCAAGAAGGAAGGAGUUUAUGGUGUUGUUAGAGAUGUUUUCCUUCCGUGGUAUAAUGCAUAUAGGUUCCUUGUUCAAAAUACAAAGAGGCUUGAGGUUGAGGGUCUAGCACCUUUUGUACUUCUUGAUCAGGCCACACUUCAAAAGUCAUCAAAUGUUCUUGAUCAGUGGAUCAACUCGGCCACACAAAGCCUUGUUCAUUUUGUCCGGCAAGAAAUGGAUGGUUACCGCCUUUAUACGGCAAAGGCCAUGGCUGGAGUUACAUUGUUGCCGGAGGAAACGACAUGUUGUGCAAGUAGAGCCUACAUGAGCAAAAGGUUGUUGCCGGAGAAAACAACACAUUGUGCAAGUAGAGCCUACAAGAGCAAAAGGCAAAUGGGGGGACCAGAACAACAUUCCCACAAUGUUUUUUUGAUUGACAAAUGGGGGACCACUUACCUAAGGUCCAGGAUCAAGGAAACCUUGCUUCUUGUUUUGCAUUCGCUGCUGCUGCAGCCUUCGAAGCAACUUGCAGCAUUAAAAUGGGAAAAACACUUCAUAUUUCCCGCCAGGACAUAGUUAACAACAUGGUGAGCCCAGAGUGCCAAACUGUCCUAGGAUGCAGUGUAGAACGGGCAUUGACCUUUAUGAGACAACAUGGCGUGUUAAAAGCAAGGGAUUGUCCAUAUGGAAGCGGGACUCGUCCUGAGGAUUAUGAGAGAAGGGUUGUUUGGAAGAAAAAGCUUAUGAAUAUACUGCAUGUCCUACGUUGUCUUCACUUUGACAUGGUGCGCGGAAAAUUGCAUCCUAAAAAAAUUUCAAGAAAAUUAUGAGACAAUUGAGGGACAUAUGUUGUUAUGGAGAGUCAUUAUUAUAUCUACUAACAUAACGGUACCUUGUCAAUAUAUAAUAUAUCAUCCAUCAAAUGUCUUGGACAGCUAAACACCCCUAUCACCGGUCCAAAUUUUUUCAGGAAAUGUUCUACUUCGUUGAUUCUAGUUCCAAACAACCUAUGUUCUACUUCUUUUAAAUGGAACUAGAAUCUACGAAGUAGAACAUUUCCUGAAAAAAUUUGGACCGGUGAUAGGGUGUUUAGCUGUCCAAGACAUUUGAUGGAUGAUAUAUUAUAUAUUGACAAGGUACCGUUAUGUUAGUAGAUAUAAUAAUGACUCUCCAUAACAACAUAUGUCCCUCAAUUGUCUCAUAAUUUUCUUGAAAUUUUUUUAGGAUGCAAUUUUCCGCGCACCAUGUCAAAGUGAAGACAACGUAGGGCAUGCAGUAUUGAUAGUAGGUUUUGGUGUAGCAAAAAUUAAAGGGAAAAAAAUAAGGUUUUGGAGAUUCCAGAAUUCAUGGGGGAAAAAUGGGUAUGGGUCAAUUAGUCAAAGAUUCGAAGAUGGAAGACCUAUGAUGAAUAGGUUUUGGGUUAUCUCGAAGGUGAAGAAGGUGGGCUAAACAUCAUUUUAUUUUUUUAUAGACUAUCGGUACAAAUUGAUUUCCAGGACUAUCGGUACAAUUUGAUUUCCAGGACUAUCAGUACAAUUUGAUUUACAGAGUUUGUAGUUGAAUUCAUAUUUUAAUUUACAAUGCAAACAUAAAAAUUCAACAA